AUGGAUGACAGCUUACUAUUACGGUUGCAGACCUUACAGCAGAAACUGAGGAGUCCCAGUGGUCCCAAAGCCCUUGUGAAGGCCCAAUCGCCAGCCCAGCUUAUCAUCAAUAAGUAUAGAUACAAGUCCAAAUCUAAAAGGGUCAAACGGAAUGCUUUUCUGCCAGACCACUUGCAGGGCGUUGGAAAGCCUUAUGAAAAUCUCAUGGAUGGGGAGUGUGCCCUCGCGUUUGGAAAACAACGGUUUUUAGAUGAUUUGAAGCUUUCUGCGAGUGCCACCCGGCACACUGCAGUAGCCUGGGAAUCUCAGAGAUUCAAUAUUGCGGUGAUAUCUAGUUUGGGGUGGUACAUACGGCCGCAAACCAGUUCCAAGGGUGCUGGAAUGUUGGUUCUCAAGUGCUCUCGGUGUGCUGAGGUGGUAUACCUAAAGAUUGAAGACCACACGGGAAAAGACUCAUUUGAUGAAAAGGCUACUAAGCUUUUAUGUAACGCUCACAAGCCUCGGUGUGCGCGUCCAAGGCUUGACCUGGGAAAGGACUACUUUUUGAAUAGUGGGAAUUUGUCAUUGGAAUACCAAAGGAUAUCAACUUCCUUGCGUGGAUAUCAAGAUCUUGAAAGUGGAUUGAAAAAUAUUCCCAGCGCUGACAGUGUGAGAAAACUUGUACCAAUAUUCGCCACUCCCGACUUGAAGAUAAAUCCCACGAUAUUGCAUUUUCUGCUCAAAGGCUACACUUUCAUCACACCUAAGAUCGUCGAGUGCUCGGGAUGCUAUCGGCGCGCUUUUGUCACUUCAUUCCAAGACCCAGACUUUUGUGGCCAUACAGCAUGGUGCAAAUACCACGACGAAAUGAAACUCAUAAAUAUCAUGCUCUCAUCUCUCGACGAUAUAAACGCAAGCCGGGAGUUGUCGGAGAGGUUCGAUAGUUUGAAAAGGUUACUUUGA